AUGGAGCUUUUGCCUGGGGUUUCGCAGUAUGUCCUAGCUCCUAUGACAUCGCAGUUUGUGGGCGGAGAUAUCUCUGCUUUUGAGGACAGCGGUCAAGUGCAAAGAGCUCUCUGGCAAUAUCGGACACAGAAACUGUCCGCCUUCGUGGCCAAUGGAAACCUGCACCUCGGGGCGGUCUCUGCUUCAUGCCUCGUAAUAAUCCUAUCAACAUGUCUUCAUUAUGCUGUUUGGGUUUUCAAGAAGAAGUCUCGUGGCCGCUUGGAUACUACCUCUGCCGUUCCAGAGACAAUUGUCCCCGUACCCUUUGCUCUUGCGCACCUGGCGGCUGCGAUGGCGGCUUGUGGUCUGAGUUUGGGUGAAUCAUAUCGCAGAGCAGACUGGAAACAGUUAAUAUUCUUCGGCUACAUUUUAUUAUUGGCUGUCGCAAGGCUUUGUUUUCAGGGGGUUAUUCACUGGAUUCAUUUCUAUCGCCACUUGAACAUGAUGACCUUAGUGGCUUUGUCUCUAGCAAUUGUGAAGGAUCUUGUCCCAAUGGCGAUUGUUGGCUCGACCUAUCGUCCAACUGCUCUUGCAAGUGCCUCACUAGCCUGCGUGGCUGCUAUGCUGGUAAUUGUGCUUGCGAGUCCUCGGCCCCGUCCCUUGAUCUCGGAUGCCGAAAUCCAUGAUGCCCAGGUGAAGGCGGAUGUUUCGCCGGAGGAAACGUGUUCUUUGUUCUCAUACUAUUGCUCCUAUGAGUGGAUCACAUAUGUGAUCUUUCGUGGCUGCCAGAGAGAUCUGACGAUGAAUGACUUGCCGCCGCUUCCCUCAUAUGACGAGCCACUGAAGUGGCUGGAGAAGAUCAAGAAGCAGCGCCAAAAAGGCGGGAAAACAUUUCGCACUCUGUGCAGACUGUUGAAGACGGAGAUUAAACGUAUGGUUUGCUGGGCUGCGACUACUUCUAUGGCAGAUUUCUUCGCUCCAUUUUCCAUGCUGCGGUUGCUGGCAUACUUGGAAGACCCGACUGGCGCAGUCGUGCAUCCUGCGCUCUGGAUUUGUCUGCUAUUCAUUGGUCCAAUGAUGCGGUCUUUUUGCUAUCAACAAUACAUCUUUACAGCCACAAGGCUCCUUGUCCGCGUCAAUAUCUCGCUUGUGCAGGAGAUUUAUCACACCGCUAUGCGAUCGUAUAUCUACGAUGAUUCUGUACAUCCGCAUGGCAGACCACGCCCUCAGGAGUCGGCGAGACACAAGGCACAUACCCCGAAGCGCACAUCGAAAUCUAGCCAAGCUAAUCUGACAAGUCUGAUGUCAUACGAUGUUGAUGCUAUAUACAAUUCCCGGGACAUCUUUUACGUAGCUACUGCGGUGCCGAUAUCCACUACCAUUGCCAUGGUCUUCCUCUAUCGGAUGCUCGGGUGGCCAUCCUUAUUCGGCGUCCUGACGCUGUGCUGUUUGACUCCGCUUCCGGCUCUGGCAUCACGCAGGGUCUCACGCAUCCAGCAAUCCGUGAUGAGGGCAACUGAUGUCCGUCUUGCCAGGAUUUCAGAGUACUUGAAUUCCAUUCGAACCCUUAAGUUCUUCGGAUGGGAGCCAGCCGCCGUGGCUUCCAUCAAUGAGAUCAGAAGCGUGGAGCAACGACGUCUCUGGAGGCGAAGUGUCUUUGCCGCUGCCAUUUCUAUGGCAGGUGAUCUAUUACCUAUGAUGAGCUUGCUUGUCAUGUUCACUGUUGUAGUGUUAUUUACGGACCGUCCUUUGAGGGCUCCGGUUGCCUUCACAUCUUUGUCAAUCAUGGAGACACUGCGUUCUCAGUUCGUCUGGCUUUCAAAUAUCAGCAGAUAUUCGGCCCAGGGUGCGGAGUCGCUUCGUCGAGUGGAUCACUUUUUUGACACAGCAGGCGAGAUCAAACGUCAUCCAGACGGACCGUUGGAGCUCAAACACGCAACUUUCCGGCGAACACCAAUCGCAGAUUUCCGCUUACACGACGUCUCAGUUUCUUUCAAGCGCAAUGCCCUCAAUGUCGUGGCAGGCCCAACUGGGAGUGGGAAAACUUCUCUACUGCUGUCGUUGUUAGGCGAGACUGUACUGGAGUCUGGAACUGCUACCUGCCCUCAGGAUGUGGCUUAUGUACCACAGUCGCCGUGGCUGCAGAAUGACACCAUUCGACAGAACGUAAUAUUUUACAGCUCCUUUGAUGAGGCCCGUUACAAUACCGUCAUUGAAGCCAGUGGUCUUAUCCAGGAUCUUCAGCAGCUUCCCGCUGGUGAUCUCACUCUAGUGGGUGAGAGAGGCACGUCGCUGUCAGGUGGUCAGAAGCAACGUGUCUCUCUCGCCAGGGCACUGUAUUCGAGAUCAUCUACAUUGCUCUUGGAUGACAUAUUUUCCGCAUUAGAUACACAUACAACCACCUUGGUUUAUGACAAGUGUUUUCGCAGUGGUCUGUUAGCAGACAGGACAGUUGUACUUGUCACGCAUCUGCCAGCUGCCUUGAAAGACGCUGAUCAAAUUGUUCAGCUCAACCAUGGCAGGGCUUCCGUAGUUGAACCUGCUUCUGAGUCCUCCAAGGCGUACACACAGAGUGUACCAGACCCCGCCGAAGGGGAAGAACAAGACGCAGCAAUCUGUGGUUCUCCAACAAUUGCAGAAGGGUCUUCUACCGAAUCAGAAGCCACCAUCAAUGUCUCUCCCAACGUUCGCGCAGACCAAUCUGUACAGACAGAUCGCAUUGUCAAAGAAAUGUCAGCUACAGGUCGCGUGCCACGUACAUUAUUUUUGCGUUAUAUGCUGUUGUUCGGUGGAAUCUCCUAUGCGAUAGCCGUGCUGCUAGCAACCGUCACAGUGCAAUUUGCAUACUUCUCAAUCACAUACUGGCUGUCUAUUUGGACAAGCGCGUAUGAGAAAUACGAACAUCCUAACUCACUGUUCUACUUAGCCGUGUAUGCCGCGGCGAUAAUUUCGUUCCUGCUCCUUCAAAUCACGAACAAUCUUCUAUAUCAAUAUGGGAGCUGGACGGCCGCCAAGAAGAUGCACAGGAAACUGGUGGAAGCGGUACUUUCUGCCCCGAUCUCUUGGUUCGACCAGAAUCCCAUUGGACGCGCUAUAAACCGCUUUGGAAAUGACACCAGGUCAAUGGAUACUGUUUUGAUUGAUUGGCUGCGCAUGUCCAUUGAAAAUGGACUACGCUUCUUGCUGAGAAUAGCGAGUAUCGCCUCGAUCAUGCCGAUUUUUGCGCUCCCGGCCGCCGUGGUUUGCACGAUAGGCUUUUUCAUUGGGGAGAUGUACACUCGGGCCCAAAUUUCCAUCAAGAGAUUAUGUUCCAUCAACUACUCUCCCAUAUUCUCUCAUUUCACCGAUUCUCUGGCUGGCAUGACUGUCAUUCGAGCGCGAGAAGGCAUGACCGGGGUUUUUCAGAAGCUACUGGCGGAAAAGCUUGCAGUUCAUGCUCGUUCUGCAGAGGCCCAGUACAACUGCAACCGUUGGGUUUCAGUCCGAUCAGAUUUAUGCGCAGCGUCCGUCGCAGCAUCGGCGGGAUGCGUGGCGUAUUUCUGGUCGGGGUCGGCGGGCCUCGUUGGCUUCUCAUUGACCAACGCCAUUGGCCUCAGUCAGACGAUCUUGACUUUGGUCCGCACGAUGAACGAACUCGAGGUCGAACUCAACUCGUUUCAGCGAAUAAGCGAAUACGCGGAGAUCGAGCCCGAAGAGAAACUAAGUGACAAGGAGCGCGCCAAAGCGGACGCCGUACCUGCCAGCUGGCCAACACUCGGGAAAGUGGAAUUUCACAGCGUUUCGGCCCGCUAUCAGCUCGACGGACCAGACGUCCUACGAAACGUCUCCUUCGUGGCUAACCCCGGUGAACGCAUCGGCAUCGUAGGCCGAACGGGCAGCGGCAAGAGCACCCUCGGCCUCUCCCUGCUCCGCUUCGUCAAUCUUACCUCUGGCCGCAUCACAAUCGACGACCUCGACAUCAGCCAGAUCCGCCUGCAUCGCCUCCGCACAAGUGUCACCCUCAUCCCCCAAGAACCCGUCCUCUUCUCCGGCGACGUGCAAUCAAACCUCCACCCAUUUGGUGAGGCCAGCGAGACAGAGCUGCACUCCGCUCUAUCCGCCUGCACCUCUAUCCAAGUACAUGGUGGCCCCGCCAGAGAAGCAGGCACCAACAAGCUAACAACCCGCGCCCUCACCCUCGACACCCCCGUUGCAGCCAACGGAGAAAACUUCAGCCAGGGCCAGCGACAGGUCCUCAGUAUCGCGCGCGCGGUCUGCCGCCGCUCCAAGGUCGUGCUGCUGGAUGAGGCGACAGCGUCCGUGGACCACGAGACGGAUAUGCACAUGCAGAAGCUGCUACGGAGUAUGUUUCCGGACUCGACGAUCAUCGCUAUUGCGCAUCGGCUGCGGACGAUCAUGGAUUAUGACCGGGUGCUCGUUAUGGCUGAGGGGGAGAUCAUUGAGAAUGAUUCACCUGCGAAUUUGAUCAAGAGGAAAGGCGUUUUCUGGAGUAUGUUGAAGAAUACAGGGGAGUAUGAUGAAUUAGUUCAGAUGGUAAGGGAGUGA